AUUGUGUGGCCUGCGUAACGUCUGAUGGGCGCGGCCACCGUUUGGAUUCCAACCGCCAAUCAGCGAGUCCAGGAAACCGCGGUCUCUUCAAUUCGUUGUUUACUUGUCCAUUGAACGCAUGAUUCAAAACCUCAUUAAACGCACGGGUUGUUUAUACUGUACAUCACCGCGAAUCGUGGUUUUAAUGUUUUUUUUUAUUAUUAUUAUUAUUUUUUGGGUUUUGUCUAUAUCACAGCUCUACAUUAGCCGUGGGCCACAGCAGCAGCAGCAGACAAACGUGUCCGUGUUAUUGCUGUUUACGUUGUUAGCCUGGUGUCAUUAAAACUCCUCCAAAGAUGCCGAUGCUUCUGCGGUCCCGAAGAUCCCUUGCACCCGGCCGGGCCCCCGAGGUGGAGUUACCGGAGCCUGCGAAACGGAGGAGGUCGAUGCGCCUGCGGCGGAGAGUCGUGUACGAGGACUCCGAUGAGUCAGACUCCGAGAGCGUCCAGAGACCAGCGAUGGAGAGACACCUGAGUCCGCCGGCCGAGCUGCAGGAGGAGGCUGCUGGGGAUGCAGACUUGACGGAUUUGCAAGAUUGUAGUGUUGUGCUGGACCGCCUCCAGGUCGAAGACAAGGCUCUAAGCAAAGAACUCGAGGAGAAAGACGACAUGAAGCGCAGAAGUGGGAAAUCCAUCUCCCGAAUCCCUACUUUCCACAAACGACCCACCAACGUCGGCCAGACACCGGAGCCGCCCGUCCCCAAGAAAGACAGCCCCGUCCAAGCGGCUCCGCCUCCCGAGAAAGCUGAGAGCGGUGGUGUGGAGGCUCCGAGGCUUAAACCGCUGGAAGCCAGAGAAACCACCCUCCCCCACCCGUCGGUCCACGUCCCCAAACUUGGCUUUGAACCUCCCGCUGUGUUCGGCAGCACAGAACAAGCUGCUGCUGCUGCUGCGGAUGACGCCUCCAUAAUUGCUUCUCCGUGGAGCUGGAGUUUAUCCGAGUCUCUGCUGCAGUCCCCUUCUAUGACUGCAAGCCCCAGGCCUGCCCUCAGACCGAAGCAAGACAAGAGCAGAACCGCAGAAACUGAAGCUGCAACCACACCAGAUGGCCUCCUUCCAAGCGUGGGUUCCCUCGGCCAGAAGCCGCUGGAGGACGCAGCGGAGAAGUGCGGCGCUAGCAUUAAAGGUAGGUUUACCCCCACUGCCUCUGGAGACAAUGACAAGUCUGCAGAGGCCUUCCCCACAGCUGUAGUCAGCCAGGUGGAAGAUAUUAUGGACGAAGAACCACCGUGGGAGAAGGAGCCCGUGAACGUGGCUGGAUUAAAGGGGAGUGUUCCUUCAUCAGAUGCUGAAUCUGAAGCAGAUUUGCCGGAAGAGAAAUCUGAGGGCAGUGUUUUAUGGGACGCUACGGAGAUCCGCGAACCACCAAUAAACCGGUCAGAGUUUCCAGAUGUGGCAGAGAAAACAGCUAAUGUUGAUGAAUCUACUUCCACUGUAGCGCCAGAGAAGCAAGCCGAGGCGAGCUCGAGCAGUCCCACCAAGGGGUCGGGAUGCUGCAGUUUUGCCCUCCUUGUGUUCCUGCCCACCACCCUGCUGCUUCUCGGAGGCUUCGGUCAGCACGUCUGGCACUACGGGCUUCCCACGUCUGUGGCUCAGCUUACGGCUCAGCUCGAGCUGCACUGGCUGGAGGGAGUUGGUUUAGUACCAGAGCCUUGUAGCACAGACUGUCGAGUGCAUCUGGUGGAGAGCAUCCCCGUCGGCCUCUACGAGUCUUCCCCUCGGCCCAGAAAGAGCAUCGCAGACAGCUGGCUGCAUCUCCUGCACAAUGCCAACAGUUCUGUCCACAUCGCGGCUUUCUACUUCACACUGCGGGGCAGCGAUUUGGAGUUUGCGGACUCCUCCGACUCUCAGGGAAGAAAGGUCUUUGAGCAUCUGAAGCAGCUCGAAUCCAAAGGUGUAAAACUCCAAAUUGCCGUCAACUCGCCCCAGACCUCGACUCAAGACACGGCGGCGCUGGCUUCUACAGGCGCAGAGGUCAGGGAGGUGGACCUCAAGGCUGUAACUGGAGGCAUCGUCCACACCAAGCUGUGGGUGGUUGACCAGAAGCACUUCUACGUGGGCAGUGCUAACAUGGACUGGCGCUCUCUGAGCCAGGUGAAGGAGGUGGGUCUGUCAGUGGAGAACUGCAGCUGCCUGGCUCAGGACGCCGAUCGGAUAUUCGGCGUGUACUGGAGCCUCAGUGGUUCGAACAACGGCUCCCUCCCACCGUACUGGCCUGCUCGACUCUCCGCCCUGUCCAGCUCCGAGAACCCCCUGCGUCUGAAGUUCAACGGCGUCCCCGCUCGGGUCUACCUUUCCAGCGCCCCUCCUCAGAUCUCAGCCCGCGGCCGCUCCGACGACCUCUCCACCAUCUUGUCCGUCAUCAACGACGCCCAGAAGUUCGUUUACAUCUCCGUCAUGGACUACCUUCCGACGUCUGAGUUCACAGAGCCGCUCAGGUUGUGGCCGGCCAUCGACUCGGUCCUUCGUUCUGCAGCGUGCACCAGGGGGGUGCAGGUCAGGCUGAUGGUCAGCUGCUGGCAGCACUCGCCCGCCUCCAUGUUCGUCUUCCUGCAGUCCCUGCAGGUCCUCAACAGACACCCUCUGAAAUGUGACAUUGACGUGAAAGUCUUUACGGUGCCUUCGACAGCAGAGCAGAUGAAGAUCCCUUUUGCACGGGUCAACCACGCCAAGUACAUGGUUACAGACAGAGUGGUCUAUAUAGGGACGUCCAACUGGUCAGAGAACUACUUCACCCAGACGGCCGGCGUGGGCUUGGUGGUGAACCAGACGGGCUCCGCGGUGGAACAGGGCCAGCAGACUCUGCAGAACCAAGCGGAGGACCUCUUCCUCAGAGACUGGAGGUCCACGUACGCCAGCACUCUCCCCGUGGACGACGCGGACGUCUGUCCUCACAGACCACACUAAAGUUUAGCCUCUCAAUAAAGCGCGCUGCAUUGUAGAUGAGCGUCUCGCUACUUCCCGUCACUUGAACUUAAUUUGACCGAUGUGGAACCAGCUUGCACUUAUAUCGCUGUUAAUGACCAGCUGCCUUUUUUUCUGUAUAUAAUUGCAUUUUCAUAUUAUUUUUAUACUCUUUGCUGCCCUAUACACAUAGGUCAAGGUGCAGGGGAACUCGCUUUGUACAAUUUAUUUCAUGCCUGGAGCAUUUUGUAUAUUUUCCUCCGAAAAUGUAGAAGCUUUAAAAGGCUCCUGCGGGAAGUAAGACCCUUCCAAGGUUGUGCUCACACCAUGGCUAUGUUUACACUGCUGAAGCUAUCAGCUGCUAAUGAUUGUAUGAUUGUGUGUAAUUAAACUACUUGAUCUCAUGUCGGUCCUGCAGGACCCACUUGCCGCUGUCAGCUGUCUCGUAGGGUUUGAAUGUGUACGACUGAACAAACGCGCAAACUCGCUUGGUUAAAGGUUUUGUUUGGAUUUGAAAGAAACAUUCCCCGUCUGCUUUUAGAUUUACUGUAUCGUCUGUUACUGUAUCAUUCCCGUCGCUGAUCCUUCACCGGGAUUAUCUGUUUGUUGUGUGUAUGGGACCCUCCUCCUGUCGUCAGCGGACGCGUUGUGUCAUGUUAAACUGUUGCACUGUUGAGAAAAAAAACACCUCCUCCCUGUCGAUGGACCAAGAAUCAUUCAUCUCUUACAAACUGAGCAGUUCACGUGCCAAUAAAACCUGCUCCCUACCUGG